AUGCGGUCCUCGAUCGCGUCCAUCAUACUCCUUGUGGGCAGUGUUGCCGCCCAGACCGAGAACACCUACACCGCGACGGCCACUCGAUCGGUUGCGGCAGCAGCGGCCACUGCGAAGACGUCGAGUCCCACGAGCAAUGUCAAGGGAAAGGCUUUUGACCGGCUGGCCAUCAUCUGGCUGGAGAACACCGACUACGACAUGGCGAGUGGUGACCCGAACUUAGCAUGGCUGGCCGGAAAGGGCAUCACGUUGUCGGGCUACCAUGCCGUCACCCACCCGUCCCAGCCAAACUACAUCGCAUCCAUCGGAGGUGACUACUUUGGGAUGAACCAUGACGACUUCACCCAGGUCGACAAGAACGUCUCGACUGUCAUCGACCUGCUCGAAGACAAGGGCAUCUCCUGGGCCGAGUACCAGGAAGACAUGCCAUAUUCCGGCUUCGAGGGCUUCUCGUACGUAAACCAGCAGAACGGUAAGAACGACUAUGUUCGCAAGCAUAACCCGGCCGUCACCUACGACUCGAACGCCGGCGUGGUCGAUCGCCUCGCUGUCAUGAAGAACCUAACCCUGUUCUACGACGAUCUGGAGAGUGAGACGCUGCCGCAGUGGAUGUUCAUCACCCCAAACAUGACCAGUGACGGUCACGACACAGACGUCACCGUCGCCGGAACGUGGACCCGGAACUUCCUCGAUCCUCUCCUCGACGACGCCCGCUUCAUGCAGAACACGCUUGUGUUGGUCACGUUUGAUGAGAACGAAUCAUACAGCCAGCAGAACCGAGUCAUGGGCAUCCUUGUCGGAGACGCAGUGCCCGCGGAGCUGGUCGGCACCGUAGACGACACAUACUACAACCACUAUAGCGAGGCUGCCACCGUCUCGGCCAACUGGGACCUGCACACCCUCGGACGCUUCGACGUUGGUGCGAAUGUAUUCCGCAUGGUUGCCGACAAAACCGGCGAUGAGCUCCGCGCAUGGGCCGGGGAGUUUGAGCUCGCUGACAUGUACUUCAACAGCUCGUACGCAGGUGCUCUGAACGACGAGGGCGGUAACAAGCGGUUCCCCAGACCCAACCUGGACGGCCUGGCCGGGAGCAAACGUACGGUGCUUCCCAGUAUCCGGGAUGCUUGGGAGGGUAACCCGGCUCCGGUGUACUACACAACUGGCUUGGAGACACCCGACGGACAGCACCCCCCCGCCGGCUAUGCUCCGAGCACAUGA